GCGCGUCCGGCGGGGCGGGCUGACAGGCGGCGGCGACAGCGACAGCAGCGGCGGCGGCGGCGGCAGGAGGAGGAGACAGCGACUCUCGCCUUGCGCCGGCCGGGUCGGAGCGCAGCGGGACCGGGGCACCUGUGCCCAGCGUAGCCGGGGGCCGGCGCGGGGCAGCCGCAGACCCGCCGUGCCUGAGCCACGGGGCGCAGCCGCCGGCGGAGGCUCUGCCCGUGCCCCAGCCCGAGCGCUGCCCGCCCGCCUGCCAUUGUGGUGCAGCCCUCGCACUCGGUCGGGGAUAUUCCUUGUAGUUAUUCACAUCCAAGACCCAGUGUAUAAUGGGGAGAAAACUGGACCUUUCUGGCUUGACUGAUGAAGAAGCAGAGCAUGUACUCCAGGUGGUUCAGCGAGAUUUCAGCCUUCGUAAGAAAGAAGAAGAAAGGCUGAGUGAAAUGAAGCAGAAGUUGGAUGAAGAGGGUAACAAGUGCAGCAUCCUUUCCAAACAGCAGAAGUUCAAUGAGCACUGUUGCAUUCGCUGCUGCUCCCCUUUCACCUUUCUUAUCAACAGCAAGCGGCAGUGCCAAGACUGCAAGUACAACAUCUGCAAGAGCUGCAGCACUUACCAGAAGAAGGAGAAGGCUUGGAUUUGCAGUGUCUGUCAGCAAGCAAGGCUCCUAAGGAUCCAGUCUCUGGAUUGGUACUAUAAUAAUGUCAAAAGCCGCUUUAAGUGUUUUGGAAGUGCCAAGGUCCUGAAGAACUUGUACAAGAAGCAUAGACUGGAGAGUGGACUUUGUCCUGAUGCAAUAGAAGGAAGUUUGUAUGAAGGAAGCUUUGAGAAUGAAGGAAGCAUUUGUGGAAGUGACUCUACCUUCUACCAACAGACAGAAGGACACAGCAUGAUGGAUACCCUUGCUGUGGCUUUACGUGUUGCAGAGGAAGCAGUGGAAGAAGCUAUUUCUAAGGCAGAGACCUACAGUGACAGCCUGGACAAGCAGAAUGAAGCUUGCUACUUGCAAGAGCACAAGGAGGACCUCAUAGAAGAGCUGGCCACAACCAUUGUGCAGAAGAUUAUAAAGAAGCAGAAAGGCAAACCCGCGCAGGCCGAGGCCUCGGAAUGGCGGCCGCCGUCGCGGAGCAGCGGCCUGGCGUCGGGCGCUGUCUCGGACCAGAGCAUGCCGACCUUCCCAGGGAGCCGCAGGGGCUCCUACACCCUGUGGAGGUCUCAGUCUGCAUUCUCCCUGGCUAGUGAAGAUAUGGCCAGUAAAGGACAAGACCUUGCAUCAUCUGUGACCGAGGCUCUUCAGAGGCAGCAAAAGGGACAGUCCAGGAAGCAGAAGGAACACAAGCUCUCUGCUUUACCCAGCUGGAAGAGUGUAGACAGACUAAAUGAAACAAGUGACCAAGCGCUGGAACAGGUUGCCCAGAGAUGCUGUGGAGUCCCCUUCACUGAAGAUAUUCAAGAACCCGGAUGCAAUCCUGUGCCAUGUGCAGGUCCACCUUCUGUUUUCCAAAGCACCGACGGAAACUGGGUGGCUUUGCAGAAUGUCGCUCUGCCUCGUCCCCGAAUGCUCGCCAAACCAAAGAGUCAGGUGUUCAGAGCUCUGGAGAACGAGUCCAGCGUUGUGUCUGCCUAUGACGAGAUGGGCUCGGACAGCGAGGAUGACUAUGACUGGAACGUGGCCUUGAACAAGCUGCGCCGGAGACCUCGACAAUUGCCAGACGACUUCUACUACUCCAACUCCCAGUAUGGCACCGAGUGGGUUUAUGGCAACGAUCAGUACCAGGCAGUGACCUCCCCCUCCUCUGGGUUAUACACCAACACUGAGACACUGCUGUCCGAUUCAGAAACAUCUUCAGUAAACUCUUCCCAGGAAGCUAAAGGACCUAGCAAACUUCUCUGGUUGCAAAGCAGAACUCAAAGUGAUAUGCCCAGAAUGGAAAAGAAACACUUCCAUGGAGAACUAGAUGUAAAUUUCAAUCCACAGGCAACCAGCUUGGAGUACUCAGACAGCAGUGAGACUGAAGAAGUCCAUUAUGAUUUAGAAAAGAGAUCAAGAAGGUGGAAGAAGAACAAAGCCAUCUCUGAAGACUUAUGUGAAGAAAAGAAUCAGGCAAAAACCAGCAAGAUUAAUUUAAGUCAGGAUUUUGAUGAUUUAUCAGAAACAGAUCUAAGCAAUGAGGAUCAGCACCAUGUCAAACCUGAAGUUAUGGAGGAUGAACUUAAAUCUAGGUUAUUUCAACUUGCUGCUAAAAUGAGUGACAAGGAAACAUCAUCUGGUGAAGAACAAGAGUCAGAACCUGGAGUAGACCUGGAAAACCAGAAGGAGAGUUUGUCCUCAGAAGAAAAUGGCAGAAGUAUUCAGGAAGAGUUAAAGAAGAAGUACUCUGCUGUCUCUCUCUGCAACAUAUCUACAGAAGUCCUGAAAGUCAUCAAUGCCACUGAAGAACUAAUAGCAGAAUCCACUGAUCCCUGUGAUUUCCCAGAUGACAUUCAGGACAGGGGAAGAGGAACCCUCCCACUGGGCACAGAUCCUGUCAGACUCGAUGAGCAGCUCACCACACUGGAAGAAAAUGUGUACCUGACAGCCAGCACGGUGUAUGGGCUGGAGGGACAGCUGAGCAACCUGGAAGACGCCGCACGCAAGAUCAACAGUGUUACUGAGGAAUCUGAGCUGGCCGAUCUGGAGGAUCAGGUGGCCACAGCAGCUGCCCAGGUCCACCAUGCAGAGCUUCAGAUUUCAGAUAUUGAGAGCAGAAUAUCAGCUCUCACUGUUGCAGGCUUGAACGUGGCUCCCUGUGUUCGCCUGACAAGGAAACGGGAUCAAAAGCAAACAAACCAGAUGCAUACAAUAGACACAUCAAGACAGCAGAGGAGAAAACUUCCAGCUCCACCAAUAAAAGGUGAAAAAAUAGAUGGUUCUCCAGUUACCACUGUCAGAACGUUUAACAGAAAUUUCAUGCUUCAAGGAUCUCUAACACAAAGAACUAAAGAAAGGAAAAGCACUGCCAAGGACUUAAUGGAACCUGCUAUAGGAUCUGCUGUGAUGUACUAAACCUACACUUCCCUACUGCCAAUAACACACUGCCUAAGGCUGUACACUAGAGUGCCUUUUCUUAACAGCCAUUGUGUAUGUCCAGCUGAAAAUGGACCCUCAAGAACCCACAGAGCCUCAGUUAUAGGGCUUCAUUUGGAUACCUCACUGAGAAAGCUGUCCAAGUCUUCAGCAUUGUGGUCUGCUACAGGAAACUCUGCCUUAAAGUUCUCAGAGGACUCUAGACAGGAUGCUAUGUCUCAAAAGCAAGGCUCCACAUUUUAAGAUGCACUUUUUCUCCCUAUCGAUUGUACUAAAGUAUGUUGUCUUUAAACUGCAGUAUGUUUUUGUACACUCAAUCAGUUGUAAUUAUAGGCCAAUUAAUCUGCCAAAGCAGACCUGUGAUCCAUAUUUGCUGGCCUCUUACUGUUCACAUGGGCAUCUGUCUUGUCGAGCAAUAAGAACAACUCUGUGCAGUGUGUGCCACUUCUCAGCUGCGUGGAGGGAGAGGAGAAUCUGUGUACCUCGCUCUGCUCCCAGGGAGUCAGUGGAAGUCUUGGGAGGGUUGGUGAGAGGAGGGAGACUUCUCUGUUCUCUGAGAGUACAUCUCGCAGAUUGAAUGUUCCAGCUCCAGAGCUAGGGAUAUUGCUCUAGGCAGCAAGGGUGUCAUGCUGAAACAGAAACUGGUGGCCACACAUGUGGACCAGAUGUCUGCUGAGUUAUGAUCCCAGUGUCUGGAAACAUCUGAACACUGUUAAAGAAACCAACACCUUCAUAUGUCUUGUUCUUGGCAGCAUUGUCCACUUGGUGGUGGCCAACCAUGCUGUAGUUGAGAAUAAAUUCUGUCCAAACCUUUAGAUUGGAAAAAGGAGGUGAAAGUGUUGGGGCUGAAAUCUCUGCUGACUGACUGGUGGUUGUGGGGUGGUGCGGCUUGCAAGAGAUUCCUUUCUGACGUUCACUCGUGUUUCUGAGAAGGAGGCAAAUGUAGCCCAGACAUCAGUUCCUGUACUAGUCUGGAGCCCCCAGAGAGUAGCUGGGCUCUGUUGCUGGUGGCACACACACCCCAUUACUACUAGACACUCUGAACUGGAUUGUGAAUAGAGAUAUUCCUUCUUUCAUUUCUUGAGACCCUUAACAGGUGAGUCAAACUAGAAGGCCCUUUGGCAGAUGCCCAGGAGGGAGGAUGCUGCUUACAGGGUGUCCUCUCACCCUUUUGUGGGAGAACAUUGCCAAUUUGUGGUAUUUUUUUUGCUCUGAAGAAUACAAAGAAGGUAGUCAGAGGAGGUGAUAAGCCAGUGAAUCCCUUACCUUCCACACCAGUUGCAGAGCAGGUUCCCAAGUGCAGAUGGGGUUGAUUUGCAAUGUGCUAUGCAGGAAGGCAUGGGCUGGCAUGUUCCCCUCAGCAUUAAGGAGUGGUGAGCUCUCCCAAGAGCUGUGAGCAUCAGGAAGGCAGUUCCUUCUUUCCCUGGGCUCCCAGUGAGCACCCACGAGCAGAGUGCCACAUGUUACCUGCCAUGCAGCAGAAAUGCAGUUCCCUGGGACACCAGGCUGUGAAAUGUCUGUGGUUGGGCAAAUACAAGCAAAACUGGGCAAAUUUCCUUGCUAGGCUGGAUUUAGGGUCAUGAAUGGGGAAGACAAGGAAUGGCUGGAUAGGUUGAUUGGAAAAACAGUGCCAGUUGCAAAUCUGCCAUCCACAUUUGACAUCUAUCUUGUCAGUACUCUGAUGUCCAGCUGCAUGUGAGGAACCCUUGGAAUGAAUACAACCAUCUUCCUACUUAAAAUACAUGAGCGUCACUCCAUCCCGUCAAGGAAUUUCCAUCUGCCCAAAAUCUGGCCCAGUGUGUUCAUUCUGGGUGACAUUAGGCCUUCUUUUACUCUCACACAAUACAAGUUCUCUGAAAUUGGUUUGCACAGAUGUGAGGGAAGAAUUUGGCCCACUCUGUUUAAUAUAUAAAUAUAUAUAUAAAACAAAUAGAUUUUAUUUAUAUAUGCAAUCCAGUCAAGGAGAUUAAACAGAGUAGGAUGCCUAGUAAUUUUUUUAUUAUUCAAUCUCCUCCUCCAUUGACUGUUCUUGUGUAUGUAUACAAUACAUUCCCAGGUUCUGGUUUAUGCAGGUAUGCGUGUUAUGAAAUGUCAUUAAUGGUGGUUGGUCUGCAUAUUCGUCUAAUAAAUAAUAACUAAUAUUGUGUAUGUAAUAUCAAUACAUAAAUGACUAAUUUUAAUAGAAUAACUCUUUGGUUUUUGUUCUGUUAGUGUGAUUUAAACAAGCCAACAAAGUUUGGAGUAGGUUGUUUUCCUUAAGAGGCAUGAAAAGCAACUAUUAUCGUGUUACAAUGUUAAAAUAUUCAGUCUUCUUUGACAGAAAAAUGUGUACUGUGUAGGCAUUGAAAAAAAAAAUUAAAAAAAAAUCCCACCUGCUCUAAGGCAUUUGAAUUUUUACAAAUGUUUAUCGUGCCAAAUAUGUGCAAAGAUAUAAUUUACUGUUUUGAAAAAAUCAUAAAAGCAUAUGUUAUAGCACACAAAGAAUUAUUUUGUCAUCAGGUGAUUUCAAUCUUUAGUGUUAAUAUUUAUAUUUAGAUUAAUUUUUAUAAAUGAAAAUAUUUUAAUGGGUAAAAUGAAGACUAUAUGACCUAUUUGAUUAAGUCUGAGUGAAUAUUAAGCUUGCCUUGUUGUUGUUCUCUGCAUACUCACCAAGAAUUAUUGUCAAGAGAAACUAUAAAAGAGUAAAAGUGAUUUAUGAAAAGAAUGCCUUUUCAACGACUUGAUUCAUAAAGAAAACCAAAAAGCU